AUGAGCUCUCCGAAGAAGCGUUUUUUCCUGUUUGACGUGGAUGGGACGCUGACCCAUGCGAGGGCGCCGAUCGAAGAACGAAUGGUGGAGGUUCUCCGCAAGCUCAAGUCCAAGGGGGACAUCGCCCUGGGGGUGGUAGGAGGGUCCGACUACCGGAAGAUCAUCGAGCAGAUAGAAUACCCCGAGAUGUUCGAUUUUCUGUUCUCAGAGAAUGGCGUGGUAGCGCAUAGGGACAACGAUGAGUUCUACUCGGAGAGCAUAACGAAAUUUCUUGGCGAAGAGAAGAUGCAACAGUUGGUGGAUUACUGCUUAGUGUACAUUGCGAAUCUGCGGGUGCCAAAGAAGCGAGGGACCUUCUUCGAGCUGCGCAAGGGAAUGAUAAAUAUCAGCCCCAUUGGGAGGAACUGUACACGGGAAGAGCGUGCACACUUUUGCAGAUAUGACGCGGAGAAUUCAAUCCUUCGUAGUUUCCAGUUGGACUUGAUGAGGAACUUUUCGCAGUUUGACUUGACGUUCUCUAUCGGAGGCCAAAUCUCCAUAGACUGCUUCCCAUCGGGAUGGGAUAAAACGUUUUGCCUGCGGCACAUUGAAGGGUUAUUCAGUGAGGUCCUAUUUUUCGGCGAUAAGACAGAGAAGGGAGGGAACGACUACGAGAUUUAUCACGACCAGAGGGUGCGUGGGUUCUCUGUUAAAGGUCCCGAAGAGACGGAGGAGAUUAUUAAGUCGUUUCUGGACCAAUAG